AUGUUCCCUCGCUCUUCGCUGGUUCCAGCCUUGUUGCUGUUUCUCACCGUGCAGGUCCUGAGCACUGGAGACUGCUGGACCGGUUCACAGAAGCAGCGUCAUAAGAGGGAAUGGGUCGUCCCUGCCAAACAUUUUACAGAAAAUGUAGACUACAGUCAUUCGCCCUAUUUCAGCAAGAUACGAUCUGACCUUGAUGAGAUCACGAUGCUGCGCUACACUAUAAGAGGUCCAGGAGUCAACCUGCCACCUGUUGGUAACUUCAUAUUAGACGAGCAAAAAGGGUGGGUUCGCAUCAUACAGCCUCUGGAUCGCGAGGAGAGACAAAACUACACCCUUAUUGCCACUGCAUGGUAUCCUAACAACACCAUAGCUGAAGAUAAUAUUAAAAUAAACAUUGUUGUGGAGGACCAGAAUGAUAACCCACCAGUUUUCAUCAAGCCAGAACGCAUCAGCAUAUAUGAGGGGAGCCCAGUUGGUACCUUUGUAACACAAGUUGUGGCCAAAGAUGCAGAUGAGCCAAACACUCUUCACACAAAGAUAGCGUACAGCUUGAUCAAGCAAGAGCCAAACAAUGGCAAGCUUUUCUUUGCUGUUCAUAAAGACAAUGGAACAAUCUCUGUAAACAACCCAACACUUGACAGAGAGGAACACAGAUCUUUUGUUCUUACGGUGCAAGCUGCUGACAUGUAUGGAAGUGCUGAAGGAAAUUCUGCUACAGCUACUGUAUUUAUAGACAUCCUGGAUGUCAAUGACAAUAUUCCUACUUUGGAGAAGGAUGAGUUUUCAGCAAGUAUUGAUGAGAAUGAGGCACCUGUUGAGGUUAUGAGGAUCCAGGCGCUGGAUAACGAUGAAGAAAGGACAGACAAUUGGUUGGCCGAGUUUAAAAUAGUCUCGGGGAACGAGGAUGGACGUUUCUCUAUUGAAACUGAUCCGAAGACAAAUAUGGGUGUUUUGUAUCUGAACAAGCCUGUUGACUUUGAGUCAGCAUCUGAAAUGAACCUGAACCUAGUUGUUGCAAACAACGCUCUUCUAGGAGCACCUCUCGGGGGUGGAGCAGGAGCAACAGGUGGUGGAGCUGGAGCUUCUGGAGCAGCUGGUGGAGCUGGAGCUUCUGGAGCAGCUGGUGAAGCUGGAGCUUCUGGAGCAGCUGGUGGAGGAAGUGUGUUCAAGCAAAAGACAUACUCAGUGAAGAUCAAUGUCAAAAACAAGCCAGAAGGCCCAAAGUUCAAGCCAAAGAUCAAGCCUAUAUCUGUAUCUGAAAACACCAAAAAUUAUUUUCCAAGAGUAAUUGACACCUACACUGCUAUAGAAGAAGACACAGGCAAAACAGCAGAAAAAGUAAAAUAUGCAAAGGAAUAUGACCCUGACAACUGGAUUUCUAUUGACAUGGACACGGCUGAGAUAAAACUGAACAAGGUACCAGAUCGUGAGUCUCCAUUUUUGGUAAAUGGGACCUACUAUGCCAAGAUCCUCUGCAUUACAGAUGAACUGCACUCUCAGACAUCUACAGGGACUAUAGCUUUGCAGGUGGAGGACCUGAAUGACAACUGCCCCAAACUCCUUAAUAAUGUGCAGACUGUCUGCAGUGAUACCAGAAUAGUCAAUGUCACAGCAGAAGAUGAAGAUUCAGAUCCCAACGGAGCUCCACUAGAGUUCAGUUUGAUACAAGAGAAGACAAAGGGCAAAUGGAACCUGCAGAGAAUAGAUGAUGUAACUGUUUCGAUGCUCGCUGAAGAUGACUUAUGGCCUGGUUUUUAUGAAGUCACCAUGGAAAUCAGAGACAAGCAAGGACUGGCCUGUCCUGAUGAGCAAGUCCUCCGUUUAGAGGUUUGCACUUGCUCUGAAGGAACGUUUUGUGCUUCAAAAGUGGCUGCAUUACGCACUACAUCAGCCAAUCUUGGAGCAGCAGGAAUUUGUUUCCUGAUUCUAGGAUUCCUCUGCUUAAUCUUGACGCUUGUGGCCGUAAUAAAAUGUGAAUGUGAGAAUGCUGGAAACCAUUUUAUUGAUAUUCCAUUUGAAACCAAGCAUCAUCUUAUCUCCUAUAGCACAGAAGGAAAAGGAAUAGACGUGGAUGCUUUUCUAGAGACCAUCCCACCAAAACUGUACAAUGAGGGGGGCGACAAAAUAAAAUUAUACAAAGAAACUGCAAGAAUGGUGGAAGCUAACUCUAAUUUCCCAUUGGACGAAAUUCAGGUCCCCAGGUCAAACCAGACUGUAUAUAACAGUUCUAAAAUGCUAGGAAUGAUGCAGGAGAGUGCAUUUGGAGGUUUUUACAGUGACAUGGACAUGGAAAACUCUGUCAGGUCGCAAGAAGGACAAGUCUUGCUUGAUGCAUUCCUAAAAGAAUACUUCGCACAAAAAUACAGGUAUAUAUUGGAGGAUGAUUCUCCAAAAAAAGGACCGAAGCACUAUGAUUAUGAAGGUGAAGGAUCUGUUACCGGUUCCAUUGAAAGCUGCAGCUUCAUCGAGUCUAAUGAUGAUCUGGCGUUCUUGAACAACCUGGGUUCAAAGUUCAACACCUUGGCUGAGGUGUGUGGAUUCAGACAGACUGACCCAAAAGUUAUUGUUAAUACUGUCGAGACAACACCAAACGCAGCUGCAUCUUCCAGUCACAUAACCAACAUCGUCCAGCCCAGUCCUGAGGAGAUACCUGUUAAAUCGCCACUUGUCCAACCUGCACCUAGUCAGGGGAUUGUCAUACAGGAACCUAUGUACUACGGGUUCAACCAGCCAAUGGCAAGCAAUGUUGUGCUGUCAGAGGAUGGGCUUGGGCAAGGUGUCUACAUAAUCAAUGGAACUCCAGAAGCGGAGAGAAUUCUGACUCAAGGUAACAGCCAUACACUUGCACAUUUUGGUAGUGGACAACAGGCUGUUCUAGCAAACAACAUCAUUGGUGAUUCCGUCUUGUACUCACAAAUUGGACCUCAAAGUCCAGUAAUGAUUACCGAAGGUUUAGGUGAAGUUAAUCCUGCUGUAAUCCAGAACCUUUCACCAACUCGAAACCUUGUAAUGAUGCCACAGCAACAACUAGGUGGAAUUGGUUCACUGCAGAUGGUAAGAGUACCCAUGGAAUCGGUUGUAUCAGGAGAGAACGGGCAGGGUAGAGUAACUCUUAUAGAUGGCUCAGUCACUGGAGGUAAAGUAUUCGUUGGAGGUCUAGGUCCUAGUCAUUGUCCCAUGAGCCCUCAACUACUUUACCCAGUAAGUUCUCAAGAGUUGGGUGGAUCAGUACAUAUGAACCAAACAGUAGUUGAUGGCUCCCUUUACAGUGUACAGAAUGAUGGACAAGGGACAGUAACAAUUGGACAACGUCCUGUCAAUGGAGGUAAUGUAUUGAUAGGAGGCCCAGGAACUCCAAACCUAGUAAUAAUGCCUCAAAUUGCAACUGGUCAGGUAAAAAAACAGCUAUUAGAAAGUGGUCCUUACCCAAGUGCUUCAAACAUUGCAUCAAAAGAAGGUGGAGAGAGUAGACUACUGUUUGGUGGUCAUUCUAUUCUAGAGGGUCCUGUUAGUGAAGGCAAUUUAUUGGUUGCGGGCCCAGGUCAGCUUCCUGUGUCUAUAAGCACAGGAGCUCCAAACUUAGUGAGACUGACUCAAGUUGCAAAUGGUCACUUGCCAAGUGUUCAGAAAAUUGUAUCAGGGGAAGGUGGACAGAGUAGACCAUUGGUUAGUGGUCCCACUAUUCUAGAGGGUCCAAGUCAGCUUUCACUAGCCAUGAAUCCAGGAGUGCUAAGACCUUUCGAACUGCCUCAGGUAGCAAACAGACAGUUAUUUAAUUCUACAGUGUCCAGAGUUCUGACGUCAAUGGUUAUGAUGCCAAAAUCCAAAGGACUUGCAACAAAUGGGCAGCUGAAUGUUGAGCAGUGAUCUAGUUUUUGGUCUAGUGGCAUUAAUACUGCAUUAAUUCUCAGGAUGGGAUUGCUGGCAGAGAAGCACAGAAACUAUUUUAAGCAUCAGAUGAAUUAGAAGUACUCAGCAGUAAGUGAGUAUGGUAUUUA